GCUGUUCUCCUAACCGCUAGACACCGCUCCCUCUACUUCUGCGUGGUCUGUUGAAUGAAAACACAGUAAUUUAUCCAUCUGUUCUCCUAUUUAAGGGCCAUUGCUUAUUUUUGCACACUUGCCUCAACACUGGUCUCCGAGGGUUUGGGGGUGGUUGUAUUAUCUUGCUUGGUUCCUCCGUGAAGCUCUGAGUAGCUACUUGUCCCAUCCCCCUACACCCAUUAGAGAUGAGGAAACUAAGACUCAGAGAGGAUGAAUCACAUUCUCAAAGCUGCGCGGCUCCCACGGGCCAGAGGUGGGCGGCAAACCUGGACGCCAGCAGUUCCAGCUCCCAGAGGCUCUCCCGUGUCCCACAUGAGCCCUUGGCUCCCCAUUGGCUUCGCCUCUUGUCUCUGUGCCUGGCUGCCUGCCCUCCCUCCCCCAGAACCCUCCCCCAAUAACAGACUUUUGGUGUCCCCUCCGUUGUCAUCGCUCUCCUUCCAGAAAAGGGACCCAACCGGAAGGCCAGUUCGUGUUAGGAAAUUCCAGCCACGUGAGCCAACCCGAGCCAGGGAUUCUGAGCAGCCAGUGGCUUUAGAAGAAACUGAAACUUGGUUUGCUGGGGGCGGAGUGGUCACCGGGGAUUUAAAGAGCUGCCACUUCCUUGAGCCCCCAGAGGGCACUGGGAGGUCACAGUGGCAGAGGGACACCCGAACUGAGCCUCUGCCCGCCCCUUGCCUAAGCCAUGCACCUCUGUGGGGGCAGUGGGCUGCUGACCAGGACGGACCCCGAGGAGCAUCAGAGGCUGAAGAAGAAGCAGAAGAACCGCGCAGCCGCCCAGCGCAGCCGGCAGAAGCACACGGACAAGGCGGACGCCCUGCACCAGCACGAGACCCUGGAGAAACACAACCACGUGCUGCGGAAGGAGAUCCAGGCCCUGCAGGCCGAGCUGGUGUGGUGGAGCCGGACCCUGCAUGCGCAUGAGCGCCUGUGCCUCAUGGACUCUGCCACCUGGUUGGCUCCAGCGACCCCUGGCUGCUGGGGCCAGACCGAGCGGCCCCCGGACCCCAUGCUCCAUGGACAACAUGGCUGCCGGGAGCAGCGGGGCCUGUUUCAGACCUCAGUCUCUUCUCCGUCGGCUCACCGGCUCUCUCCAGAUCCACAGCCUCAUAGUUCGCCUGGCCUCCCCCUGUCCCCUCUGCCUUCUCUGUCCCUUGACUCCACCCAGGUCACUGCACCUCCUGCCCAACUGUCCCCCAGCCCUGUCCAGUCAGCCUCGCCCACUGGCUCCAGCCUGCCAAGGCCUUCCUCCAAGCUCGACACCCUCCUGCCCGGUCCCCCGGCCCAACCCACCCCUCUACAGCCCCUUGUGAUGGAGCACCCCACCAGAGGGAAGCUGGGGUCCUCACCUGACAGCCUCUCAACUGCUCUGGGGCUGGCCUGCCUGCAGGGUGGGGAGCACAAGCCUGCGGCGUUAUCCGCAGCAGAUCAGCAAGGGCUGGGUGUGGAUUCCAGCCCUCUCCCACUCUUGGCUUUCCCCCUGCUCUCCUCUGCUCAAGUCCACUUCUAACCCAUCCCUGGGAGCCGAGCUAGCCCCUUCCUUGGGCUGAAGUAGCAGCCUCAGCACAUAGGCAUCUCCUCCUUUACCACUGGAGUUGCCUUUCUUGGCUGACCAGCUGGCCCAGCAUUUCACCAGGAAGAGAACGUUAUCACUGCUGCCCAGCACUUCCAGGCCCUGUCACCGCCAUUAUCUUAUUUCCACUUCAUGGUCAUUCUGCAAAAUCCAGAUGAUCACACCACUUUUUUAGAUAAGGAGACGGAGGCCAGAGAAGCCAUGUGACAUGCCCAAGGUCACACAGCCUUUUGGGGGACCUGAAACACCACCAUCUAUUCCUCCUUCUCCUGGUGGGAUCCUGGCCCGGGCACCCUAGGAGUUGAAGUCCUAGAAACUGGGGGCUGGUGUGAGGUUUAUGUGCUGGGAACGGGAAGGAGCUCUUUCUUCUGGUUUGUGACAGAGCCCUGCAGUUCCUGAAACCUCACCCUAGCUGGGGCUAGUCCAGAGUCCAAGCCUGGAUAGGGAGAGGCCAAGCAGGAGCCCGGAAGUGGACUCUUUCUUCCCUAGCAGUGUUUUCAGUGCCAAGGAGCUGAACCUGUGGGUUGGAGUUGGGGAGAAGCCUGGAACCGUCCCCCCAGGGAUUUCUGCAGGAGGGGCACCCAUAGCCAUACCAAGACCUCUGGGAGAUUCUCCAGGGUCAGCUCCCCAGGCUAUUCCCAAAUGGCUCCCUGCCUCUCCCAGGCAGGAGCUCAGCUGCAGUAUCUACUGGGGUAGGGGUUGGUGGGGGGCUGUGUGUGGGUUCUCACUCAGACUCAGGACAAGCUCUGUAAGGGGCCCGAGAUGAGAAACCCCAAUUCUUCACCCAGAUUUUCACACACAUGUAAACAGACACUAUGCUAGUAUUUAACACACUCCAGGAUGCUGAGCACAAGUCUCAGCACACAUGUUAUGGUAAAUAAAUUAAAAUGUUUUCCAAUUC